ACCAAAAAAUCAUCAUGCAGCAUCUGGCCAGCCGGUCGAACCCGUUAAUUGAGCAACCUCUCCGUGUACUGCCGUUUCUAUAAGAGGAAUCUAUUCAGGAGGUGUCAGUCGGUGUGUUAUCAGUAUGAGAGCUGUGUGGUUAAAGCGGCCGAUCUUCAUUUUGGGGGGGAUUGGGCUCCUCUUGUACAUAGGCAUGUUUGUAAAGAGUGGGUAUGAUGAGCGCACGGCGGGGGCUGACACCGGGGACACGCCGCGGAUGGUCAGGAGCUUCUCUGACCUGGAGGAAAGCAUCAGCAAUCUCCACAAAGUGCUCAGAGCUUUUGAGCAAAAGCAGGACGCCAUGCAGAAACUGCUCGAAGAAGACAGAGGCAGACAGAAAAAAGCCGCAGAGGUCGAACAGGAAUCAGUCAAAAAGCAGCCAGAGCCGAAAGAGCAACCUGAAGCAAAGAUCCAGGAACCAAAGGAGGCCCCCAAAGAGAAAAAGACCAACAAAGUGUUCCCUGACUCUGCUCUGUUCAAGGACUGGGGAGAGAAUCUUUCUGAGGAGGACCAAAGAGAGGCAGAGGGGUUGUUUCAAAAGUAUGGAUACAACGUUUUUCUCAGCGAUCGUCUCCCUCUGGAUCGAGUUCUUCUAGAUACAAGAGAUUCAAGGUGUGCAAACAAGACUUACCCAAAGGACCUGCCAAAUGUCGGAGUGGUACUGAUCUACCUGAACGAGGCCCUGUCUAUCCUCAAAAGAGCCCUGCGCAGCAUCAUUGACCGCACCCCCAAAAACCUGCUGAAGGAGAUAAUAAUGGUGGACGACAAUAGCUCUAAUGAGGACCUGAAGGAGGACCUUGACAAUUACGUGAAGUCACUUGAGAAGCAGAACCCGGGUCUCCGUAUUGUAAGAGUGAAGCACACUGAGCAGAAAGGCCUCGCUCACGCCAGGGCUUCUGGGUGGAGGGCUGCCACUGCGGACGUGGUGGCCAUCCUGGAUGCACACAUUGAAGUCCAUGAGAUGUGGGUUGAACCCUUGCUGACACAGAUCAAAGGUGACCGAACAGUGGUGGUGUCCCCUGUGUUUGACAGAGUCAACUUUGACGACCUCAAGGUUAUUCAGUACCUUCCAGCGGCACAUGCUUUCGACUGGGCUUUAUGGUGCAUGUAUGAAAGCUUUACGCCUGAGUAUUACAAACUCAAUGACGGCUCAUUGCCUGGAAAGAGUCCAUCCGUUAUGGGGAUCUUCGUCGCCGACAGGGCGUUUCUUGGAGAAAUUGGAGUCCUUGACGAAGGAAUGAAAGUGUAUGGCGGAGAAAAUGUUGAGCUGGGAAUUCGUGUGUGGACAUGUGGAGGCAGUGUCGAAGUAGUUCCAUGCUCCAAGGUCGCCCACAUCGAGAGGUACCACAAGCCCUACCUGCCUGACCUCAGCCCUGCCAUGAAGAGAAACGCCCUGAGGGUAGCAGAAGUCUGGAUGGAUGAAUACAAACACAACAUCAACUUAGCUUGGAACAUACCAUUUGAGAACCACGGCAUUGACAUCGGGGAUAUCACUGAGAGGAAAAAACUCAGAGAGAGGCUGAACUGUAAACCUUUCAAAUGGUACCUGGAUAACGUGUAUCCCAAGCUGGAUUCGUGGGACAACCUACUUGGCUUUGGAGGAAUGAAGAAUCUUGAUGCUGACAUGUGCAUAGACCAAGGCCCGGUCCCAGGUCACACACCCAUCGCCUACGGCUGCUAUUACUAUGGACCUCAAUAUACUUAUUAUCGUGAAAAUGGCGAGCUCUACAUCGGCGGCAUCAAGUCCCACAAGUACAAUGACAACCGGUGUCUAACUGACAUUGGACAAAAAGAAACGGUGCCUGGGCUAUACAACUGCAAAGAAGCCAUGCAGAAGGGAAUGGGGAUUUACUGGGACUUCACUCAGGGCAAAGAACUGAAGAACAGACAGACAAAAAGAUGUCUGGAGAUUAUAAAAGGCACACUUCUAAUACAGGAAUGCUCAGGCCAAAGAUGGGAAAUUCAAAACAUAAUCAAAGCCUUUUAAAGUGUGUGCAUGGCCAACAAGAAAUGCACUUCUCAGCUCAUAGGUCAGUAGAUAAUAACACCUGAAUGUGUGAAAUGUGAAAGAAAGGCAAUGACAUUUUACUGCCUCUCUGACUUCUGUAAUUAUUUAAAUAUAUCUGGCAUGUAAAAAGUUGUUUAUAAAUCUUGUGAAAUGUAUUGACUCUUCCCUAAAAAAAACAGAAUUUUGAUAACAACAUCUUAUGAAUG